AGAAAGCAGCUGAUGAUGAAGUCCAGAAGUCCGAUAUCUCAUCCAGCAGCCAAGGGGUGAUCGAGAAGGAGUCUCUGGGACCUCUUCUUCUGGAGGCGUUGGAUGGCUUCUUCUUCGUUGUGAACCGCGAAGGGAGGAUCGUCUUCGUCUCUGAGAACGUGACGAGCUACCUGGGUUAUAACCAGGAGGAGCUCAUGAACACGAGUGUCUACAGCAUCCUGCACGUGGGGGAUCACGCUGAGUUCGUCAAGAACUUGUUGCCGAAGUCUCUAGUAAACGGAGUUCCUUGGCCUCAAGAAGCGACCAGGCGCAACAGCCAUACUUUCAGCUGCAGGAUGCUGAUCCGGCCACCUGACGAGCCGGGCGCGGAGAACCAGGAGGCUCGUCAGCGUUACGAGGUGAUGCAGUGCUUCACCGUCUCCCAGCCCAAGUCCUUCAAGGAGGAAGGAGAAGAUUUCCAGUCAUGUCUGAUAUGCAUCGCAAGACGAUUACCUCGACCGGCAGCCGUCGCUCCUUCCGAAUCCUUUGUGACCAAGCAAGACACCACAGGUAAAAUCAUAUCCAUUGAGACCAGUUCCCUGAGAGCUGCUGGCAGGACGGGCUGGGAGGAUUUGGUGCGGAAAUGCAUCUACGCUUUCUUCCAGCCCCAGGGCAGAGAGCCAUCUUACGCCAAACAGCUCUUUCAAGAAGUGAUGACACGCGGCACGGCCUUCAGCCCCUCGUACCGAUUCACCCUGAGCGACGGGACGGUGCUCAGUGCCCACACCAAGUGUAAGCUCUGCUACCCCUCCAGCCCGGAGAUGCAGCCCUUCAUCACGGGCAUCCACGUCAUCGACAGGGAUCACGGCAUGCUCUCACCCCAGGAGAACACUAACUCUGCAAUGUCCCUUCCCCGGGUCAGCCCCUCGCUGAACCCCAGCAUCUCCCCGGGACAAGGCAUGGCCCUGCCACCCUCCAUCCCUCCCGCUUUGAACCUCAAUAGUUCCCCCAUGAAUAGUCCAGGGAUUACCCCGCCACAGUUCAUGUCUCCGAGGCAUCGGGUGAGCCCAGGGCUGGUGCCCAGACCCAGAGUGCCCAGCAAUCCCUUCUCGCCCACCAUGCCCAACAUGCACUCCCCUGUGGGCAUGGCCAACAGCGGCAGUGGAGGCGGCGGUGGCACCACUGGUGCCAGACCCUUUCCCAGCGCCCCCAUAAACUCUCUGCAGGGGCUGCCCGAUGGUCCCAGCACGCCGGUGGGCUACUCCACGCCACCCCCCGUGCUGAGACAGCUCAGCUCCCAGAGCUCGCCUGGCCGCCUUGCCAUGCAACCCAUGAAAGCAGAGUCCAAGGACAGCAAAGAGAUCGCCUCCAUCCUGAGCGAGAUGAUCCAGUCAGACAGUGGUUCGGGAGACAGCAAACCGCUGGACUCAGGCGUGCUGCAUGCCACUGCCGGCACCGCUGGCACCUUGGCCUCCAACAACCCUCCCAGCAGCACCUGCCCUUCCUCCCACAGCUCACUGACUGAGCGGCACAAGAUUUUGCAUAGACUCCUUCAGGAGGGCAGCCCUUCCGAUAUUACUACCCUGGGCAUGGAGCAUGAGAAGAAGGAGAACCCCCCGAACCCCACCACCACCCCCACGGCUCAGAGCCAGCUGCCAGGCACCCCGGACAUCAAACUGGAGCAGGAAGCUCUGAAGAAAAAAGAUGUCAAGGAUCAUCAGCUCCUGCGCUAUCUGCUGGACAAGGAUGAGAAGGAGCUUGCUGCAGCCCCUGCGUUGAGCCUGGACGAUGUGAAGGUGAAGGUGGAGAAGACAGAGCAGAUGGAGCCCUGUAACACAGCCCCAGUGCCACUCGCCAAACCUCCUGCCACGGAGGAGGUCAAGCUGGAGACUCAGGGCCAGUUUGCUGCCGAACUGGAGCAGCUGGACCAGCUCCUGCCCUCGCUGGACAAGGCAGCUCAGCUGCCUGGCUUGUGUGGACCGGAGAGAAGCGAGAGUGGCGUAACCAGCGUCGCCAUGAAUCCGGAGAUACUGGCAGCCCCCCUGCAGCCCAGCACCGCUGCCAGAGCCCCCGCUGGACUCAACCCGAUGAGCAGCGGGCAGGGUGUGCAGGCCAGUCGGACCCCCUUUGAGUUCUGCGACCCACUGGAGCCAACGCAGCUGAGGCCGGUUCCUUGUCCCACGAGCAACGGCAGCAGCCCGCACUCCCGCGGGCCGUCCCAGCAGGGCAGGGGCACGGUGACAGCACCAAACCCCUUCCCACCUGACACCGUUUCCAUCUCCUUGGAUCGCCACCGGCAGCCGAGAUGCCACUUGAUCUUCAAUCCCGAUUCCUGUCUCAAAUGGGAUGACCUGGAGAUGGGAGUGCCAGAUCACCAGUUUGGACAACCAGGAAUGGGGGAGCAGAUCCCCUGGACAGAUAACAGCAUGGCAGCCAUGAACCGAGGCGCGCUGAAUAAAACCGAAGACCAGUGCAUCACCUCGCAGCUGGACGAGCUCCUGUGUCCUCCCACCACGCCAGAGGGGCGGAACGACGAGAAAGCCCUGCUCGAGCAGCUCGUCUCCUUCCUCAGCGGCAAAGACGAGACGGAGUUGGCCGAGCUGGAUCGAGCUCUUGGCAUCGACAAACUUGUCCAGGGCGGCGGGCUGGAAGCCCUGACGGAGCGGUUCCAGCCCCAACAAGCCACCCCACCGCUCAUGAUGGAGCAGAAAGCUGGCAUGUACCCCCAGCCUUACUCCUCGGCCUCUCCCACUGCCAACCUCCCUGGCGCCUUCCCUGGCAUGGUCCGGCAGAAGCCAUCCUUCGGAGCCAUGCCGGUGCAGGUCCCGCCGCCCCGUGGCGCCUUCCCCACCAACAUGGCCAUGCAACCCAGGCAGACGCUCAACAGGCCCCCAACGGCCCCCAACCAGCUGCGACUUCAGCUGCAGCAGCGGGCGGAGCUGAUCCAUCAAAACCGGCAAGCGAUCCUCAACCAGUUUGCAGCCAGCUCCCCGGUGGGCAUCAACAUGCGGGCAGGGAUGCAGCAGCAGAUCACACCGCAGCCUCCUCUCAAUGCCCAGAUGCUGGCCCAGCGCCAGCGCGAGCUCUACAGCCAACAGCACCGGCAGCGUCAACGAGCCAUCCUGAUGAGACAGCAAAGCUUCGGAAACAACCUCCCUCCCUCCACCGGGCUCCCAGUCCAGAUCGGAGCCGCUCGCUUGCCCCAAGCACCCCCCCAGCAGUUCCCUUAUCCCCCAAACUACGGUACGACCCCAGGAAACCCUCCCACCUCCACCAGCCCCUUCUCGCCGUUGGCGUCCAACCCCGAGGCCACGCUGGCUAACCGCAGCAGCAUGGUGAACAGGGGGAUGAUGGGUGGCGUCGGAGGGCAGUUUGGCACUGGGAUGACCCCGCAGAUGCAGCAGAACAUCUUUCAGUAUUCGGGAUCAGGCAUGGGUCAGCAAAGCGAACCCACCUUUGCUCCGUCACUCAGUCCCAGCAGCCCCUUGAUGUCACCCCAGCUCCCACCUUCACAAAGCCCCAUGCUACAGCCGGCUCCGCCAACACCGGGCUACCAGUCACCUGACAUGAAGACCUGGCAGCAAGGAGCCAUGGGGAACAGCAACGUAUUCAGCCAAGCGGGGCAGAACCAGCCGGCGCCUGCUCAGCAGGGCAUGUACAACAACAUGAGCAUCACCGUCUCCAUGGCGGGAGGAAACACCAACGUCCAGAACAUGAACCCCAUGGCCGGACAGAUGCAGAUGAACUCGCUGCAGAUGCCCGGGAUGAACUCCAUGUGCUCGGAGCAGGUAAAUGACCCAGCGCUGAGACCCGCGGGCCUUUACUGCAACCAGCUUUCCUCCACUGACCUUUUGAAAACAGAAGCAGAUGGGGCGCAGGACAAGAAGACAGAAGAGUUCUUCUCUGGGGUGGCUCCAGACUAG